CAAUAAUCCAAAAUAAAUUAGUUCAAAUUUGUACAAAGAUGUUUUUAAUUUAUUUAUUAACAAUAAGUAUUUAUUUCAUAACAAAUACACAAUCCAAUGAUAUCUUAGGUUGUGGAGGAUUCAUUAAGAGCGAUGGACAAUUAGAUUUUUCACGUAUACUUAUUAAAUUAUACACCAAAAAGGGUAGUUUAAAAGAUACUACAGAAUGUGCACCAAAUAAUGGAUAUUAUUUUAUACCCUUGUAUGAUAAGGGUAGUUAUAUAUUAAAAGUUGAACCACCGACCGGCUGGAGUUUUGAUAAAACUCAAUUUGAGUUAAACGUUGACGGUGAAACUGAUCCUUGUAGUUUAGGAAAGGAUAUCAAUUUCUAUUUUAAAGGAUUUGGUAUCACGGGAAGGGUAUACAGUGCGAACAGUGAAACGGGACCCGCUGGUGUAAAAAUAUCCUACAACGAAAAUGGGAAACAACGUGAAACCGUCACUACGGAAGGGGGUAACUUUUAUUUUACUCCUGUGGUACCAGGACGUUACACAAUUGUUGCAUCUCAUCCUAAAUGGAAGUUUUUGAAAAAUUCCGUAACAGUAGAUGUAAAAAUUGGAAAUACGGAGUUACCACGUGACAGUUUUAUAGUGGCUGGUUACGAUGUUACCGGACAUAUUGUUGGAAAUGGUGAACCAAUAGAUGGCGUUAAUAUUGUUUUAAUUAAUGAUAAACUGAAUUACGUGGUAGCCGAAUGUAACGUUCAUCCAAUACCAAAUUUCCAAACAAAUUUAGGCAAACCAAUAUGCAGUAUUAAAUCGGAUGCAAGCGGUACAUUUAAAUUUGUUUCAUUACCACCCGGCAAUUAUAAAAUCGUGCCAUUUUAUCAAGAGACAAAUGUUAAAUUUGAGAUACAACCGGCAUUUAUUGAAUUCACUGUAAAUGAUAAUAGUGUUGAAAUCGAUACCAAGUUUACGGUGACUGGUUUAACUGUAAGUGGUCGUGUGAUUCUACCAAAGGAGAAUCAAGGUGCAACCGUUAUUGUUAAUAAUGAACAGAAAACUAUUACUGGUGUUAAUGGACAAUAUACUUUGAAUAAUAUUCGAUCUGGUACCUAUCGAUUAACUGCCCAAGCUCCGGAUAUUAAAUUCCCCGAAAUCAAAGUGGAUAUAAUGCCUCGUAAACAUACGUUACCCGAUUUAAAACCGAACGCAUAUAAAAGUUGCGGUCAAGUAUUGAGCGACAACGAAUAUGAAGUUGUGUACGAAUUAGAAUCGAACAAAGAUCGUUUUACUGUCAAAUCAAAUCCAAAAUCGGGUGGAAAUUAUUGUAUUUAUUUACCUCCGGGAAAAUAUUCAGCUACAGUACUGCCAAGUGUUCAUGAUCCACCAAAUGUUCAAUUUUAUCCAUUGGCUCACACCGUCGAAAUUGUGGACAAAACUCCACAAGAAAUUGUUUUCUCGCAAUUACGUGCUACAGUUACUGGAACAGUUGAAUGUUUCACGAGUGCCGAAUGUGAAUCCUUACAAAUUGACUUGAAAUCCAUGUCAACGGGUAGUCCAUCACAGAUUUACAAAACUGUCAUUUCUAAUGGAAAAUACAAAUAUUCCGAUAUUCCUCCGGGACGAUAUGAAGUAUCUAUUGUAGGAGUUGGACUUUGUUGGGAAAAUCAGAAACAUUAUAUCGUGAUCAAUUCAGAAGAAGCCUCAAUUCCAUCAUUUAAACAAACUGGCUAUCGUACUCUGUUCCGAACUGAUUAUCAAACUCAAAUUCAUUAUGAAUUAUUAAGCGAAAAUAAUUCCGUCAUACAAAAAGGUGUAAUCAACAAUCCUCCAGGAACGAACACUCAUUGUCUCAAGAAAUCCGGACGAUAUCGUUUCACUGGUGUCAGUUGUCACGGCUACGAUCCAAAAUUCGUUGAAUGGAGCACCAGUUCACGAUCGAAUAUCCAAACACCAAUCGUAUUCACGGCAAUCACACAUGCGCAUAAUAUUCUCGUCACCGUAAACGAUAAAAACGCGAAGAUUACGUUGAAUGUGAAGUCCGAGGACGAGGAAUUCUUGUACGCAUUGGAUCAAGCGAAUAUCACUCCAAUCAGUGAUAAUAAAGUGAUCCACGAAUUUAGCUUACAAGUGGCUGAACAUGAAACACUUAUUAUUGAACCAAAAUCUGAUAUCAUGUUGUUUAAACCGCAAGUGUUACGAUUGGUUGGUAGCUUUGAUUGUGUAAAAUUGGCUGGAGAAAUUCUGGCGUUGAAGGGGAAAAUCCUUGCUGGAAAAAUUGUACCACCUCUUUCAGGUGUUCAAAUAAGUGUGGCCCAAUUAAAAGGUCAUACUCAAAUUGCGACAUCCGAAACAAAAGCUGAUGGACAGUAUCGAUUUGGACCGUUGGACAAUGACUUAGAAUAUUUAAUCAAAGCUACCAAGGAAAAUUACUAUUUCGAAGGACCGGAUGCAAAUGGAAACUUCAAAGCCCAUAAAAUGGCUGAUAUAAUUAUUGAAGCUGUUGAUCAAGACAGCAAAGAAACUCUUUCGGGUGUUCUAGUAUCUGUCUCCGGUGGCGAUAAUUAUCGUAAAAAUCUUCAAACCGUAAACGAUGGAACCGUACAGUUUACAUCAUUGAAUCCUGGUGAAUAUUUCAUGCGUCCAAUGAUGAAAGAAUACCGAUUUGAACCCACAUCUAAAAUGAUCACAGUCAAAGAAGGCGAAAGUUUCCGAUUACGGGUUAACGGCAAACGUGUUGCAUUCAGUGCAUAUGGAACAGUUCGUUCUCUCGGUGGUACCGGAGAACCAGGUGUUUUAGUUGAAGCUCGUUCGAUUUCAACCGCUUCGAAAUGUGAAGGACAUAUUGAGGAAGCUACAACGGACAUCACAGGGGCGUUCCGUAUUCGAGGUUUAUUACCUGGAUGCUCGUAUCACUUACAGCUCAAACAUCAAUCAGAGAUGUCGUCGCCGAUAACCUUCGAUAACAUCCAAAACGAUUUACACAAUAUCCAAUUAAUUUGUUUACAACCUCCCGCUUAUGUAGACGUUACUGUUCAUGUCUACACCCCGAAAUUGGACGAUUAUAAGUCGUUACGAGUAAAACUAGGAUACGGAGAUCAAUUAUCACAACCUAUUCAAUCCGUACGAAUUGAUCCACAAAUAUUAUCACAGCGUAAAACUCCAAUACCAAAACCGGGUCUUUUGGUUGUUCUAAACAGUGUCCCCUACGAUAGUAAACAAUACUACGUCCAAUUAGAGUCCAGUUUAUCCCAAGCUUCGCAUUCGUACGACACAAGCACUAUUUAUUUCUACGCGAACACUUCAUUUAAGCACGUUCAACUUGAUUUUUACCCGAAUGUUAAAUCGCCCGAAUAUGAAAUUAGUCCCAUUUCAAUUUUGGGUCUACCUUUGUUAUUUUUGUUGAUCUUUGUGGUAUUUGUUCCAAAUAAAUUAUUCGAAUUCGGUUCAAAAGUCCAACAAUAUGCUUCAGUUUAUAUACAAAAUUUAAAUAAUGGCGGUACUUUGAAUCCAAUCAGUCAAAAACAAUCGAAUAAUUCGAAAAAUAGUGGUGGAAAUGAGAACGAUUAUGCUGACAUCGAACAAAUUGUACAAAAUAUUAAUGCAGUUAAACAUAAACCGAAAAAACGUGUUUUAUUAUCGACGUAAUUUUCUCGAAAAUAGUAUUAUGGGAAUACAAAGCUUUUGAUGCAUUUCGAAACCUUGAAAGUUUUGUAUUUCAUCAUCGAAGUGCAAUUUCGAGAGAAAUCCUGUUUAUUUAUUUCGUUUCAAUUUUAAAUUCGAGUAUAAAUUUUUCGCAGAUUCAGAUAUGUAUUUAUAUGUAAUAGUUUUAUUUGAUUUUCUAUUUGACGGGAAAAUUCCUCUUAGAAUUUUAAAUACUGCAAUAAAUUUCCCGAUAAAAUGAAAAUUUUGUA